AUGCCACCCAGCCCCUCCAAGCUUGCUCAGAUAGCUGCACGAAAGGAUUGCAUGCAGCGUUACGUUGCGCUCGUCCAAGAGUUAGCUAGUCCGGCUGUGCAUCCCUACCCAGCAAACGCCAGCCGCUGCUGGUUCCGCCAGCCGCUUCUGUCAUAUGGCUGGGGAGAUCGCUUCGAGUCAGUGGGCAGGUACUGGAUCAAGUGCCACAGGCCCGCUCAUAGGCACCAGCCGUGUGGCAUUCCCCAGUCCCUAUCCAUGCCACUUCAUCCGGAUGUAGAGGCCCGGUUAUCCCAUGCUGCCGCAGAGCUGGCGGCCCUUGGACACCCUAUCAAGAAGCAUUUCCCUCGUGUCCAUCCGUUCUAUCCCUCGUCAACCACGGGAUCGUCCCCCAGCACAAAGCGCAAGCUAUCUCCGGAUUGUGACACAUCGGAGCGACUUCGUCGUGUUCGCCCUCGCAUUAAUUCUCCUCCUGCAGUGAACCUCUUCGACGGUGAGCUAGUCUCUGAGGCGGAUUCAGAUGAAGUAGCAACAGUGACUGCGGUGAGCAAGCGGGGUGCCACCGAGCAUGCGGAGAGGAUAAUAAUUGAUCUCACCGGACCGGAUGUUAUUGACCUCACAAUUACGGACAUCAUUGAUUUGACUGUAGAUUCCGAUGAAGAGUAA